ACACCUGCCCUGGGCUGGAGCCCCACCCUUGAGGUCCUUAUCAUGGUGAUGAUCCCAAGUUCAAGUCUCGACAGCCAGGGAGCAGACUCCGUCACGUGCAGGACUUUCAGACCCGAGCUGCACACCUCCGAGAAGAUGAGUCAAGGACCUACCCUUUUCUCUUGUGGAAUUAUGGAAAAUGACAGAUGGCGAGACCUGGGUAGAAAGUGCCCGCUACGGCUUGACCAGCCAAGUGCCAGCCUCUGGGAGUGCCUGCCAGAAAAGUGCCCGGAUGGUGCCUUGUGGCACAGGGAGGCAGUGACUGCCUGCACAGUGACCAGUCUGAUUAAGGACCUCAGUCUCAGUGACCACAACGGGAAUCCCUCCGCACCUCCCAGCAAGCGCCAGUGCCGCUCCCUGUCCUUCUCCGAUGAGAUGUCCAGCUGCCGGACAUCAUGGCGGCCCUUGGGGUCCAAGGUCUGGACUCCGGUGGAGAAGAGGCGUUACCACAGCGGAGACAGCGUCCAGCGCCACCCCAGUGGCUUUAGUACCAUGCAGAGGAGUUCUAGCUUCAGCCUCCCUUCUCGGGCCAACACGCUCCCCUCCCCCUAUGACCAAACCGGUUUUCACCUCCGCUUCGCGGGGCAGCCCUGCCAAGGGGCACCGGGCCUCACCACUUGUGGACAGGUGGGAGACCUCUGGAGCCCCGAUCCAAACCCCGUGGGAGGGGUCCGGCUUGACAUGCAGCGAUCCCUCUCCUGCUCCCAUGAGCAGUUCUCAGGAUACUGCACCCCUUCGGCCAGCAGCACCCCAGCCUCAACGCCCGAGCUGGCCAGACGGUCUAGUGGCCUCGCCCGCAGCCGUUCACAGCCGUGUGUCCUCAAUGACAAGAAGGUUGGUGUCAAACGGCGGCGUCCCGAAGACACACAGGACCAGAGACCUUCACUUGACCUGGCCAAGAUGGCACAGAACUGCCAGACUUUCAGCAGCCUGAGCUGCCUGAGUGCCAGCCGUGAGGACUGUGGGCCCCUGAGCCCCUUCACCCUCCGCUCCUGGACCGCCUUGCUCUCGGCCUCCUCCGGCAGCACAGGGGGCAGGACCCCGGCUGGAACCCCUGUCCUUGAGCCACAGCCCCAUGCCUUUGACGACCAUCUUGCCAGCAAAGAGGAGCUGUCCUAUGAGGAAGCGGAUUACAACAGCGUCCUGGACCAGGACCUCGGCCCAAGGGAGGAGCUGGCCUCAGCCUGGCGGGACUGUGGGGCGGCAGGGAGUGGCCUCUGCUCCCUGGAUGGUGAACUGGACAUUGAGCAAAUCGAGAACAACUGA